AUGGGGACCUUGCUGCAAUCUAAAGCCAAGCUGAACAGGAAAUGGAGUCUAAAUGUUGUAUUCCAAGGGAUUUUGUAUGCAUCAUCUGAAAUUAAUGCUUGCGUUUUCCCAAUAGACAUUUGAGAUAAAAGACAUACUCCUGGUGACUGCGAGUACAUUAUUGGUAUAGUCAGUGUCACUAACUAUACUAAUACGAGCCAAAAGUUAUUCCUAUCUGGAACUCCAGACACUGAAGCUGCAGCAGUAGAGCCCUUAAACUGCGCACUUCAAGGCUUCAAAGAAACAUCGCCAAGCUGAAAGCCUGAGCACUAUCUCUUACAGAAAAGCUGGCAUACCUAG